AUUUCAUGUGAAUAUUACUUCAUUUUUCUCAACUAUAGAACACUUUGUACAGUUCAGUUAAAAAUUACAUUCCUAUAGAAACAGUGUCGAAUUGUCAAAUAUUCAACAUUCAAGCAGAAUGGAGGAAUCUGAAGACAUGAAAUCCGAAGAAACGAAACCUGAACUUCUCGAACAAGGUGAACAUAAAGAGCAAGAUCCAGACGAUGGUGAAGAUAAAGAACAAGGUCCGGAAGAAAGUGAACCUGACAGGAAACUUAGCGAGGGUGUCGACUCCAUUAUAUACCAUCCAGAAGAUGAAAACAAAGAUGUCGAAGAGGACUCUGAAUUUUUCGCGGAGAAAAAAGUUGUUCCACAAAUGGUGACAGGGGAAUACAUGCCCGAACAUGACGACGUUUCCCCGCAGGUAACUUCAAACAACAUUGGAGACGAUACAAUGGAAGAAGAGGACAAAAGGAAACUAGAGACCGCAUCUGAAGGUGGCAUGAGUGGCAAAAUGCGAGUCACCAUUUCAGAAACAAGUGAAAAAAGUAUGGAGAAAGAAAAGGAACAGGUAGCCGAUGGAGAUGAUGAAUCGGAACAGAAAAUGAUUGAGAAGACCGCAGAAUUAGCCGCGGAUGGAAGUGGAAUUGUGCCUAAAGAACGAGUGUCUUAUAUGACCACAGCCACACAAAAAUCCGUAACUAUCUCCGAAACAUCUUCGUUCUCCAAAAAACCAAAACAAAGAAAAAGCACCAAGUCGCAAAUGAGAGAGAGAAGUUUAGUUUAUGAUUUGAAACCGAGAUUUCGAUUGGAAGAAGAAGAUCUACGUCGCCCCAGUGGCGAUUUUGGUUUAGCACCUGAGGUGGAUGCUGUGGACUCCUCAACAAAAUAUUAUGUAUACAUGGACGAUGAAGCAGAAGAGGAAGAGGAUGUAGGAGUCGAAGAAGAGGAGGAAAUUGAACGCAUAGAUAGGGGGCCGUAUUACGUGAAACAUCUCACUCUCAAUAUUGAAAUAAGAAACGAAAAAAUUCGUAGUUGCAUACUGCAAAAAAAAUUAUCGUUAUUUUUUAAACGCAGGAAUAUGGCCCACGUUUUGAGAGAAACAGACCAACAGUACGAUACACAAAUCAAAUAUGGAAAGAAAUUAGAUACAUAUGGGGAAUUGGUUGAAAUUGAUAGAACCCAAAGGAAUGCCAUUGCGCAAGAACUCAAUGUACUGAAAGAGAAACGGGAACAGAAGUUCAAAGAGUUGACCAAGUUAUUCAAUGACAUGCAAGAAAGAGAAAAAGAAAUUGGAAAUGGUCUCAUAAAUAAAAAAACUGGAAACCCUAUACCUGAUAAAGUAAUUGAAAGGCUUAUUCGACGUCAAAAAGUUCAAAUGGAAGAGGUCAGUUCAAUGAGGCUGAAAUACCUGCAAUUAAAAGAGAUGGUUGCAGAAAAGGAAAGUGCUAUAGAGGCCUUGGACAAAAUAGGAGAAGGUCUGCAUCUUAUGGACUAUGAGCAGCUCAAAGUAGAGAAUCGAAGCCACGCAGAUAAAAUUGAAGAAAAAGAAGAGGAACUCACCAGACUAAGAUUCAAGUGUCAAAAUACAAUACAAAUUCUGGCGCAUAUAAGAGAAAAGUCGUCUGCGUUGGAUUCUGAUAUAGACGAUAUCAGAGAAGAUUUGUCUACGACAGAAAUACAAAGUCUGCAG